ACACACAGGCUGGGGCUCCCAGGAGAGGGGGCAGGCAGGCUUGCUGCAGGUCACCAGGAAGGACAGUUAGCAAAGUUUGCCUCCCACACACAGCACACUGCAGCAGAGCAAAGUCACAGACACUGCUGAGCUGCAUGCAGAGCCAAGUGCAGUGCAUUCAAUACACAGGCUCCUCCAGCACCCCAAGCUGCGCACUGAAGACUGGGUGAUGGGUGUGCAGAACAUUAUAUUGCAGAGGACCCUUCCCUAAAAGAGGGUGACUCAAAGGAGAGAUGGGAACCCAAGACUCUGGAUCAGGCUGGUCACCAAUUUUAGGAUUUUCAACCACCCCCAAGGGAAGUAACUGUCUGCUGCAGAUCCUACAUGUCAUCAGACACACAGGUACCAAGGAGGCAACGGUGGGAAUCAGCUGAUUGCUGAAGGCCCUGAGAUGCUUGUGAUUCAUUCUCUAUGGAUAUAGCACGGGAGAUCCGCCAUAUUAUCCUCAGCCGCAGGGAGGAAGAGCUGGAGGGCAGAAACAGCUACCAUCUUUCAAUGCGUCGCCUCCCCCAGGACUGCCUGAACCUGAUCGAGAUUGCCCUGGUGCUAAAUGCCAUGGGAUGCAUCCAAAGUCUCAGCUGCAAACCCAAGGUCUUCAGAGAAUCUAUCUCAGUCCUCGAGAUUAAGUCCUCCAUCGAUUCCAGGCCUACCAGCAUUGACGAAUCAUCCAAUGUGGUCCUUCGAUACAGGACACCUCAUUUCCGAGCCACCGCGCAAAUUUUAGUGCCUCCCAUUGCUGGGAAGGAAAUCUGGAGAGUAGGAUGGAUCCAGGGUUGCAAUCACAUGGAGUUUUACAAUUAUUAUGGAGACCUUGGCAAAUCCAGCUGGGAGCUACCAGAUCUUGAACAAGGUAAAAUCCCAGCCAUCAGCGACUCUGAUGGAGUGAAUUACCCCUGGUACGGCAACACCACCGAGACCUGCACUGUCACUGGGCCCACCAAAUGUGAUACUAAGUUCCUUGUCAGCAUGAAUGACAACUUCUACCCAAGCGUGACAUGGGCUGUUCCUGUCAAUGAGGGAAAUGCACCCAGGCUAACAGGGAUCCACAGAGACCAAAGUUUUACUACUUGGCUGGUGGCUAUCAACAUGGCCAGUGGUGAACAUAUUAUUCUGCAAACCAUCAAGUGGAGGAUGAAAUUGGAAAUAACAGUAAACCCCAGUUUACCCCUGGGACAACGAGCUAAACUAAAAGAACCUUUCACCCAAGAGCAGCCCCAAGUGCUUUCCAAGAAUGAACCCAUACCACCGAGUGCACUAGUAAAACCCAAUGCCAAUGAUGCCCAGGUGCUGAUGUGGAGGCCAAACAAUGGACAGGCAGUUGUGGUCAUAGCCCCGAGACAUCAGAGGAUCAAAGCAGACAAAACUCAAUAGCUGCCACUUUGAAAGGGGAGAACCAAAAUAAUGAACAGGUCAUAGAUUUUGCUUUAUUCGGGUAUCACUGUGUUACUUGAUAAACAUGGGAGGGAGUCUCCUGCACAAUUGAAGCCUCUCUCCUGCCAACUAGAACAAUAUUAUUGCAAAGUGCUACUGGAAGGCCAAAUAGGGAAUGAUGGUGACAGGGUCAAUUAAACAAUAGCUACCAAUGGCAGAACUGAUGGGAAUGUUAGAACUAAAUCAGGUCGACCAGCUUUCAAAAUUCCAUCAAACAUGAAACUUUCCAACUUGGCCAGUUGAGUGACCAGAUCAUCAGUGAUGUAUGAUAACCCUGGAUCCCUCCUGAAUAUAGAUAAUACAAGUUCAGGAUUCCAAAGAAGCCCACUGAGUUUAUUCACUAUCAACAAGGGAAAUUACAAUUAUUUUGGUCAAAAUAGCCAAAUCGCAAAAAAUAUUUGUCUGCUAUUUCGGUGUACAGAUAACAAUUCUCUUGCCAGUUCUAAACAUUGCCCAGUUUAUUCAAUACCAGCUAUAGAUAAAAUCCAAAUUGGUCAUGUUUGAUACUGAUUUUUUUUGUAACAUUCACAAAAUGUAUUUGUAAUAUUUUUAGGUGGUUAUUAGUUUGUUCAGUGUACUUCAAUGCUUUUAUUCCACCUCAGAAAUAUCACAUGCGACCUGAUACAAUAAGAUGUGAAAAAUGUUUACACAUCUAUGUAUAUUAUUGCAAAACCUCUGUUUAGUUUUUUUAGUUCUAGCUUCAAAUUUAAAAAUGUUACAUUACAGGGUUACCUGUAGCACCAUAACCACUUCAGAUUGCUAAAGUGGUUAUGGUGCAAGCAUUCUGUCUGUGCAGCUAGAAAUGUUGCCAACUCAAAGAUAUUUUGCUUUUCUUACCCCAGUGAACUCCACCUCUGUCUCCUGUCAAUAAUUUUUUUUUUCUGGUCUGGCUAUGUCAAGUUUAUCCAUGAUUUGCAUUUAGUGUCAGUGCACACUAAUAACAAACACAUAGCUUCUCAUACUUUGUAUAUCCCGCAAGUGGCUUUCUUUACUGUGUGUGCACACAUUUUUCUGUCCUCCCCAAUCCUUCCCACAGUAUUUGUCUUCCCUUCUCAGCUUAGAAAUCUCAAUGUGUAUGUUUUUUCUGUAGCAGCCUUAAUAGCCGCACAAGUGCAGUUGGUCCCAAGGGUAUUCUCUAUGAGAACUAUUUGAUUAGACACUGCCCCGUAUGAAUAAGGGCAUUUAUGCUGGGCAGAGAAGUAGGAUGAUCAACAUUAGCUGCAGAAGCCAGUUCUGCAGCUAAUGUAAGGCAAGAUUUUAGAAUAGUUUUUUAGUAAAUGUAUAUUUUUUUAAUGCCAUAACCAUAUGCAUUAAAAAGUGAAUUUUUAGUAACCUAGAGUUUCCCUUUAAAUGAACAUAACAUGGGAAGUGAUUUAAACAUGAAACCUUCAUGUUGUUGGACGUGUGUGUUGCACUCGCUUCUUGUUCAGAAGGGGAAAUUUAUUCCGUAAAAUAGUGUUCAGCCAUGUAAAUAAAUCUUUACACAUAUGUUUAUGAAUGUUACAAAAUGCUGUCUCUUAGAAGUAGUGUCAUUUAAGUCAGAGGUGUUGAAUUUCAGCCCUUUAAUACCGCUAGAUUUUCUGGGUGAGAUUUAUAAAAAUGUCUCUAUUAGAAAAGUGCUGCAGGGUUCUAAAGAUGGAUCACCAUGGAGAUCAACGGAAUCACUAUUUACAGUCAGUAUGUCUCCAUGGUGACUGAUUUACUGUUUACAUUUCGCCACACUUUUCUUUUAGUGACACUUAUAUAAACCUCCGUUCAUGUUCUUUGGCUGAAUAAAUUCUAAUUCAGAAAUUUGGCAGAAUUAUAGAAUAUCAGACACAGAGAGCCGGGUGUGACACCUCAGCUUUCAAUUAAAUUUUAUUAAAACAGCUGGCCAUUCCCGAUCUGGAUAUCCAUUUCGAUUGUUUAAGCUCAGGUAGUUCGCUUCCACCAUGGGGGUGAGAAAUGUUACAAAAUGUGUUACUUGUUUGGAGUUCUUUUUCUUUGCUUGUUAGCACUUACAGGAAAUGCAUACUGUAAAGGACAAGUCUAUUGGACACACUCUGGCACUCAGUGGGUUAAAAUAUACCUUUUCUUUAUUUCAUGAGGUCCAAGAGGCCAAGUUGCUAUUGUCCUCCCUUACCCCCAGAUGAUGCUGUUGCUGUAAAUUAUGCUCAUGUUUAAGCUUUGCCCUAAAUGGGAAUUACUGACACGGACACAAUACACUGUGAGCAUCAGUCCAAUAAGGCAGUGCAACUGUGUGCUAUAUGCAACUGGUUAGGUAACUUACAGACCUACCACUCAGGGCUAGCAUAGCUGCAAGCUCGGCUUCUAAGAGGGUAUUAAUUCAUUGCUGGAAAAUGAAAUAUCUUGUACUCAAAGAUGCUGCUUUAUCAAGAGAGGUUAAAUGGUACUGAUGGGUACAGUAGUGGGAGACAGGUUCGUUCAACAUUUAAAGCAAUGGGCAGCAAACUGUGAAUUAAUCUAGAAAUCUGAGCUGUUUUCAGCACACAUUCACCCAAGAAAAGCGGACUGUCUAGCUCUGUGACAACGAUCCUUAGAACCCAAAAUAUUUCAGAACUGCAAAUCCCAUCUACUUUAGGUAUAUCUGCGUUUCCAGUGUUAACUAUCACUGUCCAAUCUACACAGAUAAAACUCAGCAUUAACAGACCCCUAAUUAUUAGGCAUCAAGAUACACAAAUUCUACCGCUGAUUACAGAUAAAUCCUACUGGUCUUCUCUAUAAACUGGGUCUCCUAUAGAACUGAAAAUCUGGACCACGUACAAAAAUAAACCAUCUAACUGGAAAAAAAUGUGUAAUCAAUCGGAGUGGCUAUUGCAAAAGUUUCUUGUUGAAAGACGUAAUCCAAGUGUUUUCCGAGUUAAUAACGACAACACAGUACGGAGAGAUCAUGUAAUUAAAUACGUAUAACUAGGUGCUAAUACUCCAAAGCACUCCCUCAAGUGCCCAAACAAAGUCCAAUAUAUCAAAAAAGAGAUCGCACACUAGAUUUGCUCCUAAAACAUACACAUAAAUGCUAUAUUAAACGACAAUAAGUAUAACAAACAAAAAGCAAAAAAAAUCAAUUAAUCAACUAAUUAAAGUGACCAGAAAAAGGCAAACAAAUUAAACAAUGGCAAUUACCACAAUUUACACAAGCCUAUUCUGGCAGAAACGCAAGCCCCUAAUACCCCCAACCUUUCGGCAGCUAGGAGGUAUCUCUUAGAAGCAAAUCUAGUGUGCAAUCUCUUUUUUGAUAUAUUGGAUUUUCCGAGUUAAUACACAUACAGUUCACAUUGGUACCAGAAAGUAUUUUCAUUAUAGAAGGCAGUUCAUUGUGUUGUAAGGGUUAGUAAGAAAUGUUUGCGAAAUUAUGUAUUUUAAUCCCCCUGAAACAUGCCCAUUCAUCUUCUUAUCAUCAGAUAGAUUAACUGCAGAAUCUUUUUGAAGGAAAAAUAUCUAAAUAUAUAAAAUGUUAAUGUGUAAAAGCCAAGUGAAUUCUAUGUGCUACUGUGCUGCCACAGAUAAAAAUAAACUGAAACUGGUACCUGUU